AUGCGCGUCGUGUGUUGGAACGUGAAUGGGCUGCGCACGCUCAAGGGGUUCCAGCCAUGGUACAAGCUCGCGUCGUGGGAGGCGUGCCUCGAGGAGCUGGGGGCAGACAUUGCGUGUUUUCAAGAGGUGAAAAUGACGCGGAAACAGCUGCAGUAUAGCAUGUGUGUGAUGGACAAGUACGAAGCGUUUUAUGACUUGCAUCCCCUCAGGGGGUACGCAGGCACCGCGACCUACGUACGCAAGGAUAUUUGCAUUCCAGUCGAGGCCCAAAUGGGCAUUACGGGGGUGGGGCAACGCCGCAUCGGCGGCGAGGCAGAGGCGACGUGUGCAUCGCUGUCGCCGGACCUCUACGCGGCACUCGACGCAGAGGGACGGAGCGUCGUGCUGGACUGCGGCCUGUUUGUCCUCAUCAACGUCUAUGCACCAAAUGAGACGGGGCCGGAGCGCGUGGAGUACAAAAUGGCGUUCUACCAUGCUUUGGAAGAGCGCGUACGCCAGCUCAUCGACCAGGGCCGCGAGGUGAUAGUCGUGGGGGAUAUGAACGCCGUUGUGCAUCCCCAGGAUCAUUGCGAGGGUGCGCAGCUGGUGGGAGAGCAAGAGCAGGCCGAGUUUAUGCAGCAUCCCGCUCGCCAGUGGAUCCGGGCGCUCCUCGCAAAGGACACAGGGCUCCUCAUUGACAUUACACGAGCCAGGCAGCCGGAUCGGAAAAAGAUGUAUACGUGCUGGAAUACGCUCAUCGACGCACGCCCGGCAAACUACGGAACGCGCCUCGACUAUACACUUAUCUCGCCAGGCCUCCUUCCUUGGGUGGUCCAUGCGGAUAUCCAGCCCGAAAUUUACGGCUCGGAUCACUGCCCCGUCUUUCUUGAGCUCAAGGACACGAUCGAGACGGACAAGGGGGUCGAGCGGCUGGUCGACCGCAUGCAUGGCCUCCAAGGCACGUCGCCAGGGACCGUGCCGCGCCUCGCCGCAUCCGAACUCGACGAAUUCUCUGCACGCAAACAGCCGAAACUCGCAGCGAUGUUUGGCGCACAGCGCCCUGCGCAGCCGAGUCUCACGAGCUUCUUUGGCGCAAAAGAGCCGAAACGCCCCAAAUCGCCGUCGCCGCCCCCCAAAGAGUCGCAGGAGGCCAAGCGCCAGCGCCUCGCGAUGCUCACGCCGAUGCCGAGCGACCGGCAGCCCGAGGCCGCAGCACAGUGGAAUACGCUUUUUACGCCGCAACCCCCUCCAUUGUGCACGAUGCACCGCGAGCCGGCCAAGUCGUGGAUCGUAAAUAAGCCCGGCGUGAACCAGGGUCGAAAGUUUUGGCUAUGUUCGCGCCCGGUCGGACCUGGGUACGAAGGCAACAAGUCGUCGCGGGCGCAGGAUGGGCCGUCGCUGGCGUACCGCUGCGACUAUUUUGCGUGGGACUCGGACGUAAAGAAGAAGCGACCCAAGGACUAG